AUGGCCAUGUCGAAUGCGUACCAUGCAAUGACCAAAUCGCUUCAGAUGGGCUCCUUUGACUGGGCGGAGUCGCCGAACAGCAACGGGAGUUUUUCGCAGCUGGAUGGCAAGCCCGAGGCACACGGAAAGUCUCGCACCAGCGACCUGACUGCCUCUUGGCUGCAGCGCGGUUUUCCUCAGUGUCCUCCCGUGUCCCAGUGGCGCGAUGAGGAUGGUGUUUCCGAGGACAACUUGGACCUGCUUGCUGAAGACAUGAUGGAAAGCAACAGCCGCAACUACAACGGGACACAAAGCAGCAUGGGCAGUUCGUAUCCCGAACCUGUGGACGUCUUUGACAUGGGCGACCGCACCGGCCCUGGCCUCUAUCACGAGGGCCAGCUUAUUCGUGUGGCAGAGACCAGCGAAGGUUUUGCCGAGCAGGACCUCGACUGUCUCACCAAACAGCUCGAGGUGGACAAACUCUUGGGCAGGGGUAGCUAUGCGGUUGUUGCGAUGAUCCCGUCCUCUCCCGUCGCUCAAGAAAACAAGGGCAAAUCUGCUCAGCCGGACGCGUCGCCGUUUAGCAGCGUGCAUUUGGACGACAGCGAGGAAGCGCCUGCUACGCCAUGGCUUCUCGCGCGCUCCAUGCCCAAUGCCCUCCUCUCUGAGCGCCGCCUGCGUCUCGUGGGCGACAUGUUCCACCAGAUGUGUGAAGCCGUGCACUAUUGCCACGAGCGCGGCAUCAGCCACCGUGACCUGAAACCCGAAAACUUUAUUGUCGAAGACCGCCGCGUGGUAGAAGCGGGUCCGUCGGGUGAAUGGGACUCGCGUGUGGUGGUGAAACUGACCGACUUUGGUCUUGCCACCGUCAAGGACCGAUGCGACGACUUCAACUGCGGCUCCAAGCCCUAUAUGGCAUUUGAGUGUCGGCACAACAUGGCACAGACCUACGAUCCGAAGCAGGCGGACGUGUGGUCGUUGGGCAUUGUACUGCUCAACCUCCUCUUCCAUCGCAGCCCGUUCAAGGAGCCGAGUGUUGACCACUGCUCGUCGUUCUCUGCCUUCUCUUACAAGCCGAUCCAGUACCUAACCGAGGCCUUUGAUGGAUUGACAGAGAGCGCGGCGCAGUUCCUCUGCGGAAAUGUCUUUUGUGAUGUUUCCAAGGGCCAUGCGCGCCGCAUUUCUGCGCGCAGCUUUGGCGAGGGCGUGCUCGUCGGCGACCUCGCCGCUGGCCCUGUCGCGCGCAUCGAGCCAGCAGCCGGCUGGACUUCGCAUCUCGGUGCGAAUUACACGCUCGGUCUUGGUGCUGAUGGCGCCAAGCACAAUGGUCUCUUUUCGCAGGUCACAAGCGUGCAAAUUACCUUCACGGUUCUUUCGGUGAUUGUCGCGUUGCUCGCGCUUGAGCAAAUCGUGUACCGCCGGAAGAAGGGUGUGCUCCCCGGUCCCAAGUGGACUAUCCCCGUGAUCGGCAAGUUUGCUGACUCGCUGCGUCCUAGCCUGGAAAAGUACCAGGAGGGCUGGAACAGCGGCGCGCUGAGUGCCGCAAGCGUGUUCAACAUCUUUAUUGUGAUCUCCUCUUCGACGGAGUUUACGCGCAAGAUCCUGAACAGUCCCACGUACGCUGAGCCGUGCCUUGUGGCCUCGGCUAAGAAGGUGCUCUCUCACGACAACUGGGUCUUUUUGAACGGCAAGACGCACGUCGACUACCGCAAGGGUCUUAACUCGCUCUUCACCAGCCGUGCCCUUGGUAUUUACCUUCAGAUCCAGGAGUCGAUCUACAAGCAGCACUUUGCGAAGUGGAUUGCCGAGGACAACAGCACCGCACGCCCCUUCAUGAUGCAGCUGCGUGACCUGAACAUGGACACCUCGCUGCGCGUUUUCUGUGGAAACUACAUUCCCGAGCACGGUGCGAAGGAGAUUUCGGAGCACUACUGGCUCAUUACGGUCGCGCUCGAGCUCGUCAACUUCCCCUUCGCCUUCCCUGGUACCAAGGUGUACAAGGCGAUCCAGGCGCGCAAGAUGGCCAUGAAGUGGUUCGAGUUCACGGCCGCGGAGAGCAAGAAGCGCAUGGCCGCCGGCGAAGAGGUUACCUGUCUCUGCGAUGCGUGGGUGCGUGCGAUGCUUGACGCCCGCGAGAACCGCGAGAACGAGGAUCUGCGCGACGACCAGCGCAAGGUUCUGCACCGCGACUUUUCCGAUCGCGAGAUCGGUAUGGUGCUCCUCAGCUUCCUCUUUGCUUCGCAGGACGCCAUGUCGAGUGGUCUUACCUAUCUGUUCCAGCACCUGGCGGAUCACCCCGAGGUCCUGCGCAAGGUGCGUGAAGAACAGUACACACUGCGCAACAACGAUGUCGAGUCGCCUCUGACGAUCGAUCUCGUGGAAAAGAUGGAGUACACGCGCGCUGCCGUCCGUGAAUCGCUCCGCAUGAAGCCCCCGGUGAUCAUGGUCCCCUACAUGACGCACAAGCCGUUCCCUAUCAGCGAGGACUAUACGGUGCCGAAGGGCGCUAUGAUUAUUCCCAGCUUCUGGAACAGUCUGCACGACCCCGAGGCGUACCCCCAGCCGGACGAGUUCCGGCCCGAGCGCUGGCUCGAGGGCGCGCAGUCGCCCGCCCAGAUGCACCCGAAGAACUACCUCGUGUUCGGCUCGGGUCCUCACAACUGCAUCGGCAAGGAGUACGCCCUGCAGCACCUCGUGGCCGUCAUGGGCACGGCGUCGAUCCUGCUCGACUGGAAGCACGAGGUGACGCCCCUGAGUGAAAAGGUGAUGGUUAUUGCUACGAUUUUCCCCCAGGACGGCGCGCGCCUUUCGUUCGCGAAGCGCUCUCCUCCCGCCCUGGGCGCCACGCCAGAGGAGGCUGCCCGUGCUUGA